GCUUACAGACCUGUGAAGCAGUCAGAGGAUGGCUCAGGUAUGCUCGCCGAGUCGUCUCGUCCACAGCCCGAGUCUCAUCUAGUGACGUGUUCUGUCGACCAAGAACGUGACUCGCUCCUCGACCGCACAAUCAGGACUCAUUCUCGCUUCCCGUCGUCCCUAGACGAGUCUCAAGUUCUCGAUGAACGCACCCAGGAAGAAGUUGCGCGCGAAAUAGACGCACAUGCUGGUGUCGUCCGUGUAGAAGCAGCAGAGAAAGUCUACGGUCGCACAUCAAAAUGGAUCUUGUUCAUCUCACUUGGAAUGGCAUCAUACAUAUAUUCGCUAGAUAGCAGCACAACGAGCAAUUACCUCUCGUUCGCAGCCAGCGCGUUCGGCGAGCACUCUCUCAUUUCCUCCGUUGGCGUUGCCCAGUCAGUUGUUGUUGCCGUCGGGAAGCCAGUGAUUGCAAAAGUCGCGGAUGUAACUUCGCGUGCAUAUGCUUACUCUGGUGUCCUCAUUUUCUAUGUCCUUGGAUAUAUAAUUAUCGCGAGCGCUGGAGGUAUUGGUGCUUUCUUUGCAGGGAUCAUCACUUAUGCUGUCGGUUAUACUGGGCUGCAGCUCCUUACACAGAUUAUUAUUGCAGAUCUUACGACCCUUCAAUGGCGAGCAUUAGUCUCUUCCCUGACAAGCUUGCCAUUCGUCAUCAACGGUUUCAUCGGACCCACCAUCGCGACAGCUGUAUUGCAGAGUAGCGGCUGGAGGUGGGGAUAUGGCAUGUUUGCAAUUCUCGUUCCUGCAACUCUCCUUCCCCUUAUCCUGACGUUGUUCUGGGCGGAACAGAAAGCAAGUCGCUUAGGUGUUGUCGAAGAGGUACUUGAAGCGGAAGGGGUCUCACAGGAAAUCUUCGUGUCACCGCCGAAGAUGAGCUUCACGAAGCGUGCACGUCAUAUAGCCGAGCAACUUGAUCUUGUCGGACUUGUGUUGCUUGGCAGCGCCGUUGGUCUCAUUCUGCUUCCACUUACCCUCGCAAAGAAAGCGAAGUACGGAUGGACAAAUCCUUCCAUCAUUGCAAUGUUUAUAAUGGGCGUUAUAUUAACUUCGUUGUUUGCUAUCUGGGACCUUCGGCAUGCAAGCCGUCCGGUGAUUGCUCCGCGAUUUUUACGAAAUCGAUCUGUUGUCAUCGCUAGUCUAAUCGGUUUCUUUGACUUCCUUUCUUACUUCCUUACUUUUGUCUACUUACAAUCGUUCGUACUCGUCGUCAAGCCAUGGACAAUGCUCGAGGCAAAUUAUUUCAUGCAAGUUCAGACGAUUGCACUUACUGUUUGCGGGUUCAUUGCCGGCGUGGUGAUGUGGAGGAUUCGGUACUGCAGGCCUAUUUUAAUAAGUGGACUCUGCAUCCGGUUACUUGGGUGUGGCCUCAUGAUCCACUCUAGAGGAGUACAUGGCUCGACGGCGGAGAUCGUGUGGACUCAGAUCCUUCAAGGUCUAGGAGGUGGGUUUGCGGCGGUUGCAAACCAAGUCGCGGCUCAAGCAAGUAUUCCGCAUGUGGAUGUUGCAAUCGUUACGGCAGUCCUCCUAUUGUUGACAGAAAUUGGGGGCGGAGUGGGUAGUGCGAUUGCGGGCGCGAUGUGGACGGCUACUAUGCCUGGCAAUUUGGCGAAGGCACUACCUGACCUGUCUAAGGAAGAGCGCAUGGCAUUAUUCGGGAGUAUCACUGACGUGCUCGACUAUCCGCGUGGACACCCGAUUCGGGAGGGCGUGAUUGCUGCGUACGAUGAUACGAUGAAGACCAUGGUUAUCGUCGCGACGCUCCUUUCAAUAGCACCAAUUCUUCUUUCGCUUGGGAUGCCAAACUGGUACCUUGGAGAUACACAGAAUGCUGUGGACGAUGAUCGACUACUUGAUAGUGAGGAGCUCGACGAUGAUACAAGUUCGCGGGACUAGAGAUGAGAUAAAAAAUAUAUCAGUAUCGUUGAUUGCUUUCCGUCAGGUUUUUAAAAAAGCGAAACUUCUGGUAUUAUGCUUUGUGUGUAUGCUGUCCUGUUCCAGAUAGUACUACGAUUGCUCUCCGUAUUUGCUAUCUAGUUAGAUUGUAUCUGGUUUGUUGUCUAGUAUUCCCUGUCUCAGUCGACCGUAAUCGGACAAUGUAAAUAGUAAAAAUAGGAAUUGGUACUGCG